AUGACACCAAGGAGUCUCCCACUGUUGCUGCGUCAAAUGAUGGGUCACCGAGGUGAUUGGGGUCGAGGACCGAGACGUAUAAGACCGAUAACACUCGGUGACUUUUUUCUCUGUCAGCGGUGGCAUGUAUGUGACAGCGAAGUUUUGUUUCAAUACCAUAGUAAUAGAAGUCCUUUUUCUUGUAUCUUCUCAACUGUCAUUGAUGGCCCCGCUCCACCCGCCAUCAUCGUGGAGCAUGCCCAUUGCCACUUACGGAUGAUGUGGAAUCGAAACCCUGUGUUGUCUCUUAUUGUUGUUUUGGUUAACUGUGUAUUUCGUUAUCCGUUGCGUUGUGUCUCCCCGGUGAGGGAGCUCGCGCUGAAGGAUUCGGGUGACCGUUUUUCUCCACCCGAGAUCUCCCAGACUGACUGGCCCAGUCUUGGGCAAAUCAUUGCUGAGAGGUGA